GGAUGCAAGACAUCGCCCACCAUGCGGCGGACGUCCUGAGGUACGGGGCGCUGGCGCUGGGGGCCACAGUCGUGGCGCGGGCCGCCGCGCCGAGCUGCGGGGCCUGCUCGCCGCAGCUGGCCUGCCCCGCGCCUCCGACCUUCUCCUGCCCCGCCUGCGUCUGCGCGGGCGCGGGCGGGCACGUGGUCGAGCCCUCGUGCCUGGGCCUCGUCACGGCCUACGCGGUGGCCGCGCUGACCGUCGGCCUCGCCGUCGGCAUUGCAGUGAUGGCGGGCAGCUUCCACGUGCUGCGCUACCGCGUCGGUGGCGUACCCCCCUGGCACGAGCGCCUCGUGCUCGGCGUCAACGGCGGCCUCGCCUACAUCCUCAUUCCUGAUUUCGACGACUACGACGAGCCCAUCGUCGUCGGCCCCGACGUGCGGGCGGUCCUGCAGCUCGCGGGCCAGGGCGACACGCCGCCAGCCCUGGCGGGCGUCGCGGUGCACCGCUUCCGCCGCCUUCCGACGGCCGCGGAGCUGUGGGCGGCGGUCGCUCGCACGGCGGCCGCAGGUUACCCGAGACCUGCCGACCCUCUGCCGCUGGCGCUCGCGGCGGGCAACGUGGCGGGCGCCCCGCCUGGUCCCUUCCCGCUGGCGGACCCUGCGGCGGCCGCCGCCCUGCCGCCUGCGGCCCUGCCGCCACCUCCUGGCGGGGAAGGGGCGCCGCCGCCUGCGGGGGCCGCGGCCCCGCUGGCGAUGCCCCCCGCGGCCGCGGCCGCUGCGCUGGGAGCCGCCCCGCCUGGGCCCGUGGGGGCCUUGCCGCUGGUGCCAGCACCUGCAGUGGAGGCUGCGCCUCCCGCCGCCGCCCCUGUGGCGCCCGCCCCCGUCGGAGACUUCAGGGCCCUCCCGAUGCAGCUCAACCAGAGGGGCGAGCGCGAGAGGAGGUUCGGUGAGACCGUUAACGCCCUCUCGGAGACGCCUGUGCAGGGCUGGCCUGUGCAAGGGCCGAGGACCCUCCUCUGGUGCCUGUCCUUCAUGUCGGCGAUGGCGGGUACGCCCACAGCGUGGCACCAGAGGUGGCUCACCUCGAUGGCGUUGCCCGACGAGGACGAGCACGCGAAGCUCCAUGAGACUCUCUGCCGCGUCCUGGACCUCGCCGUCGUGUACGACCAGCUGCAAAUCGCCGAGAUGGCCUCGUUCGAGAUCAUCGCUCGCCAGCUCCAGCUCCUGGAGGAGCGGGCGUGCGAGACGCGAUCGGCGCCUCCGAGCGGCGCAGCCCCCAAGGCCAAGGCCGCGGCCAGAGGCGGCGCCUCAGCUGGGACCUCCAGCUCGCCUGAGACUCGCUACUUUCUCGGCGCAGGCGUCUCCAAGGCCAACCUCUGCAUCUCACCAAAGUUGCUGGAGUACAUCGCAGACCAGAUGAGGGCGGAGGCCGCCAUCAGCCAGGAGCGCCGCAAGGCUCGCGAGGAGCGGGCCUUGCGGGCGCCAUGUGCUGCUUGGCGUGAGUGGUACAACGACGCGGUGUCCACUCUCAACGACAUGUACCACUGCGACCCGAACGAUGCAGCCCUCGCAGAGUUGCUCGCAUCGGCGCCUGGGUACUCUGGAGAGUCUCGGGUAAGACCCUACAACAAGGAGCUCGUCUCCUGGCCGAAGCACGUGGCGCCCGUCCCGACGGCCGACCUCGUGUCUGCUACCUAUUCUACUGGCUUUUUCUUCGUCGAGAAGUCCAACGGCGUCAACCUGCGGCUCGUCUUCGACACGCGGCCGUUCGUCUCCGUCAUGCCGAUGGGCUGGUCGUGGGCCCUCCACUUCUGCCAGUCCGCCCUGACCACGGCCAUCCUCGACUCGGGAAUCGACGAGAGUUCCGCGCUGGUGGACGGCGCUGCCAUCCCUCCGCUGCGGAAGGAUUCCGACGUCGUCGGCGCGGGCUACGUAGACAACUUCGCCGCCGUGUCCCUUCGCCCCGAGGUGGCCACGACGGCCUGCCAGGCCAUGCGUGACGUGCUCGUGUCGAGGGGCCUGCCCGUCGACGAGUUCGCCCCCGCCGCCAAGCGCGUGGUCUUCACUGGCUUGGACAUCCUCGGCGACGUCGGCAUCGUCCGCUGUAAGAUCGAUAGGCUCUGCCGGUUGCGUCAAACCUUGCUUGGUCUACUUAGACGUGGCUUUGCAUCGCCUCUGGCUUUGUCAGCAGUAGUGGGUCACUGUACGUGGGGUAUGAUCACCAAUAGACCCAUGCUGUCGAUCUUCAACUCAGUCUACCGCUUCAUGGGCCUGGACUCCCGAGUGGCCGCGCCGCUGUGGCCGUCGAUCAUCGCCGAGCUGCGCGCGGCGGCCGCCCUCAUACCGCUAUGGUGGGCCGACGUCAGAGCAGAGUGGUGGCGCUAUCGGUUCUCCGACGCCGUGCACGCCCGUGCCCACGCGCUCGGGAUCGAGACCAGGACCCUUCCUGGGCCCGUGCUGCUCGCCCGAGGGGCCCUGUCGGUGCUGGAGACGGCCGCCGUGUCGGACACGACCAUGGCCAACUACUGGGGUGCCGCCAGAAAGUUCGAGGAGUGGUGCCGCUCGGCGUCCCAGACGUUCGCCACGGCAGAGGAGGUCGAUGUCAUCCUAGUUACCUACUUCGUGAACCUCUUUCUGGACGGCUUCGACAGUGCCACGGGCCGUGUACCCACGCCCGCUCUGGAGCACUACCUGCCCGCGAUCCUUGCUGGCAGGACUCCGCGCCCACGGGCGGCUCGCGCCUUGACAGGCUGGCGGAAGCUCGUUCCCCCACUGAUGCGACCCCCUCUACCUCGAGUUGCGAUGGCAUCCAUCGUGGGCGUCCUGAUAGCGUGGAAGCUCUUCGGCAUGACGAUGUUCACCAGGCUGAUGCUCGACACCUACCUGAGGCCAAGCGAGGCCUACCGCCUCGCGGCGGGGAGCGUGAUGCGACCUCGACCCGACGGCGCCCUGGGAUACGGCCACUGGGCCCAGAUUGUCAACGACGCCUGCCUCGACCGCCCUGGCAAGACAGGCGAGAUGGACGAGGGCGGGAUGGUCGACAACCCGACCAUCUGGCCCCUCCUGGCGGCCCUGGUGCACGACAAGGGCCCGACCGACGGCCUUUGGACCCUUGCCCCCGACGAGGUGCGGAGCAUGUUCCGUCGAGCAGCAGCCGCCUUCGGUCUGGAGACCGAGUUGAUUCUCUACUCGCUUCGUCAUGGGGGUGCGUCCGACGUCCUGCUGUCGCUCAGGCGCGCGGCGAACGAGGUCAAGGGCCGCGUCCGCUUGAGGACGGACCAGAUCCCCCUCCGCUUCGCGAAGCGGGCCCGCAUGCAGCUGCGGAUCGCCAGCCUAGGCCAGAACAUCGCCGAGUUCAACGAGCAGGUGGACAGACAGAUGAACGGCCUCAUCCGCCAGACCACGACCUCGGGCGUCUUCCCACUGCAGGCGCCACUGGCAGUGACGCCGACGCCGCCGGCUGUCGGAAGCAGGCACUGCCCUGCGCUGGUGCUCGGCUGCGACGGCGGGGCGGCCCGCGCCCUGCAGCGGAUGGGCUUCGGCGUCGUGCACCUCGACACGAGUCGCCACGCAGGCGCUGGCGCUGCUGGAGCAGCCGCGGACGAGACCUGCUGGCAGCUGGUCUCGACGAAGCCCGACAAAGCUUGGGCGAACAUCGUGCAAGGCGUGCUGAAGCUGGCUCGCCGCAGACGUAGGUGGCAUUGCGAGGGCAAAGCUUUCAAGAUAGUCAAGGCGCGCGGCCUGGCAGUCGCAGAUGCAGUGAAUCGACUGAUCGACACGAGGGUCCUGGGGAAACCGCACGACUUCAACGGUGAGCCUGGCACGUGGCGUGAGUGGAGCACGAUCUUCCGUGCCUAUGCCAGCGCGUGCGAGCCAGCCCUGAUGGACCUCAUGGAGAACGCAGAACACUCGGACGAGCCGGUGCUGAACGCCACGUUGCCAGAUGAGCACGUGCGACUCAGCAGCCAGCUCUACUAUAUGCUAGUCAUGCUCGACCGCAUAGUCAGUGCUGGAGUGAACGAGGGGCUGGAGGCUUGGAGGUGGGAUUUCGAAGGUGAUGUCCCGUCGAAGCUGAUCUCGUUCGACAGGAACGUGAAGCGCUACGAGCAAGCUGUCAGCACCGGGUUCCCCGACGAGAUCAAGAUAGGCAUCCUGGCGCGGUCGCUCAAGGAAGGCCCGCUACGGCACCACCUGCUGCUCAACAGCCAGCGCCUCGACACGUGGGAGCUGGUGAAGGCGGAGGUGGAGAACCUCAGGCGGGCCCAGAUCGCGACGACGGCGAGUGCGGGCACAGGUGUAGCACCGAUGGACCUCGACUCCCUUGCGAAGCAGCUGGCAGCUCUCGGUUUCAAGGGUGGCAAGAAUGGCAAGACCGGCAGCGGCAAGGGCAAGGCCAGCAGGCCCGGCAAGGGCAAAGGCACUGAUGAUCUGCCGACCAAGCCGUGUCCGAUCUGCGGCAAGACAGGCCGCUGGAAGCGUGACUGCUGGUGGAACUCGACGGCUGAGUCAGGCAAGGCGCCGCCGAAGGGUGGUGGAGGUCGAGGUCGUGGCAAAGGCAAGUGCGACGGCAAGGCUGGCGAUGCGCCGAAGCCGAAGCCAUGCUGGACCUGCGGUUCGACGGCGCAUCUGGCCAAGGACUGCCCGGUCGCAAAGAAGGCUGGCGCCUUGGGCGAGAUGGCCGAGCCGGAGCCGCCCGAGGGCCUGGGCGGCCUCUUCCUGGCGGCGCUCGACCUGUCGGCCGUGUCCCCGAGCAGCGAGACGGUGCGCUUCGGGAUCGACUCGGGCGCGGCGGUCACGGCGAUCCCGCGCUCGCUGGGGACCGACUACCCGAUCGCGGAGAAGCCGUCGGGGGCGCAGUACCUCAGCGCGCGACCGCUGCUCUCGGUCUUCGACCUGGUGAAGAGCGGCCAUCGCGUGGUCUUCGAGCAGGGCCAGCACGGCAACGACGUCAGCCACGCCGUCCACAUCGAGAGCGGCAAGACAGUCCGCUUCACGCGGAGGCAGCGUGCGUGGGACCUGGGCGUGAACAUCGCGCCAGCAGAGGAGGUCACCCAGAUGUCCCAGACACUCGUGAAGGAGUUGCCGCUCUGCUCGGUCGAGGGUUGCAGCGGCUGCGACAGGCUCCAUAUCAAGAAGCGUUUGUGCCCUUUCGGGCGGCAGGAGUGGUACCUCGUGGAGUUGACGAUGGACAAGUUGCGACCAUCGAGAGCCACUAUGGCCCGGUCGCAGGCGACCCUGUCCCGCCGGGUGGAGACGCCGUGGCAGGGGGCGACGGAGUUGGAAGUACAGUCGAGCUCGAGGGUGGCGUCGGGGAGCGUCGCGAGUCUCAGCCUGCUCCGGUGCGAGCACGACGUGGGCCGAAGGAACCUACUCAGGCAGAGCUCGAGCAACGCGAAGCAGCAGGUCACGUACCCUUCAGGAGCGCGUGCUAUGCCUACGUUCGCGGUGGACUACGGAUACCUUGUGAAGCGGGGGGAGGUGGGGUCGCGCCAGUCCGUGCUUCCCAUCCUUGUCGGCAUCGACUCGGCCACCUCGCGGGUCAGCGCCGACGUUCUCCCGUCCGAGGGCAUCCAGCAUGAGCGCAACGUGGUCCGCGCCUUCAGUCAGGUGGAGGCGACCGGCCACCCGAAGAUCAUCUACAAGUCUCGUGGUGAGGGUGCUUUGGUGGCGCUCAACCGAGAGGCGACGACCCGCCUCAGGAAUUUGAAGUUCGAGGUCGCGCCCGAGGAGGCCCCCGCCUACGACAGUGCCAGCAACGGCCUGGCAGAGGUAGCAGUGAGGGAGGUCAAGGGCGUAGCGCGGUCUCUGAGAGUCGCCUUGUCCCUGCGGCACGGCGCAGACAUCUCGAACGACCAUCCAGUGUUGACCUGGCUGGUUGCCCACGCUGCAGGACGCAUCAAUCGUGGCAAGAUCGGCGCCGAUGGGUGGGCGCCGCGCGAGAGGCACGAGGGCGAGGCCUUCCGCAAGGUGCUGCCGCCUUUCGGUGAGAUCAUCGUGUUCCUCCCGAGUGCGAGGCGCGACGCCAAGUUCGAGGGGCGCUGGGGGAUCGGAGUCUUCCUGGGCGUCAUCGAGACGUCGAUCGAGAUGCUCGUCGGCUACGACUGCAGGGUCGUGCGCGCGCGGUCGAUCAGGAGGAGACCGCCGAGCCAGCGGGCCGAUGCGGCCCCGUUGCUUUCGAUCAGGGGCGCGCCGUGGACGCCGACUCCAGACAGGCCAGAGAACGUUCGCAUCCCGACGGUCAUCGACGAACCUCCGGUCGACCCUGCUGCGCAGCAGCCGACGGUUGUGCCAGAGCAGGUCCCGGCUGAGCCUCGGAGCGUCUACGUUCGCAGGAACGCGGAGCUGGCCAAGUACGGUUUCACAGAUGGAUGCCCGGGCUGCCGCGCGGCCCGCGCUAACGCAGCAGCCGGGGCCCACAGCUCGGAGUGCCGUGGGCGCAUCCAGCAGGCCAUGGCGAACGACCCUGAGCUCGCGCCCCGCGUCUUCGGAGCAGCGGCCCGCCAGCUGGAGGCGCCGAUGGAGAUCGAGCGGCCUGGCCGACGAGCUGCUCCGCGUCGGGGCUCGCCCGCGGAGCUGCCGCAGGCGUCGAGGCGCCGCCUCGCGGCGCAAGGCGGUCCAGCACCCCUCGCGCCCACGAUCAGCGGUGAGCAGCCGGGGGCGCCAGCGCAGGCGCCAGCCACGCCGCGGGCGCAGGCUGCUGGGCCGAGCGGGCUUCUGCAGGCGCCGCCUGGAGCUGGGGGUGCCAUGGGCGCGGACUCGCUGGAGCUCUGUGCGCUGUUGGCGGCUUUCGGCGACUGGUGGGUGGCCGUCAGCGAGCUGUGCGGACCAGGGCGUUUCACGUCUCGGUCGAGCGCCUUCGACCUCGAGCCUGGCACAGCCUACGACAUCAGGACCGGCUACGGCUUUAGCCAGGGGGGCGACAGGCAGCGGGCGCAAGCCACGAUCGAGCUGGAGCAGCCGCUACUGAUCACCGGCAGCUCGAUGUGCGCGCCGUGGUCGAACCUGCAGGCCCUCAACGUGGUCCAGGGUGUGGGCGUCAACGCCAUCGUGGAGCGAGGCAUCGUCCACCUGGUCUUCUGUGCCGAGCGCUACAAGGAGCAGAUCAAGGCUGGCCGCCUUUUCUUGCACGAGCAGCCAGCAUCAUCGAGGAGUUGGCGUCUCUGGAUGAUCCGAGAGAUCGCCGAGAUGCCAAGAGUGCGCUGCGUCGAGUGUGAUCAAUGUGCGUAUGGGUUGUGGUGCAAUGAUGCCAUCGGCCCAGCGCUGGUCAAGAAGCCUGCGGGGUGGUUGACCAACUCUGCCGAGAUUGCCCGGGAGCUGACGCGUCGGUGUCUUGGGUGUGUUCGGCAUUGCCAGACGGUCGGUCUAGGUCGGCGCGGCGUGCGCACCAUCGAGCGGUGCCUGCCGAAGCUUGUGGCUGCGGUGCUGCGUGGGCUGCGUCGUGAGGCGAUCGCCCGCGGCCAGCUGGGUGAGCUGGGGGCUGGGCCGCACCUGGACGAGCCGCAGGUCUGGGACGCCUACCCGGAGACCGGGCGCGACCCGGUGCCCAUGAUCUGGGUGGACGUCAACAAGGGUGACGACCGCAAGCCCAACGUCCGCUGCAGGGCUCACCCGCACUGCGAGAUGAAGCGGAAGUUGCGGGUGAAGCUGCCGUCGGAGAGCCACCGCUCAGCUGACCCCAACGUGCGCGGGCUGCUGGUCAGGUGUCUCUACGGCUGCCGUGACGCAGGCCAGAACUUCGAGCUGCUGGUCCGUGAGACGCUGGAGGGCAAGAUGGGUUUCUCCUGUGGCGCGUGGUGUCCCUGCAUAUACCGCAGAGGCGACAGCAAGCUGGCGGCCUACGUCUACGGCGACAACUUCGUGCUGAAGGGCUCCCGCGCUGACAACUUGGAGUUCUACCGCGAGCUGCAGAAGUGCAUGUGGGUCAAGCUCGAGGGCAUGCUGGGGCCCAACAAGAGUGCUGGUGAUGUUCAGGAGCUGGUCUGUCUGAACCGCAUCUUCCGUUGGACUUCGAGAGGUGACGUGGAGCUCGAGGCGGACUCUCGCCGCGCGCUCAUCAUGAUGCAGCAGCUGAACCUCUGGCGCGAGUCGAAGGCUCUCUCGACGCCAGGUGCGAAGUCCAAUAGCGUGGAUCGUGGCAGGGUCAUGGAGGGCGAGGAGGCGACUCGCUACCGCAGCCUGGUCAUGCGAGCCAGCUACCUCAGCGAGGACCGCCCGGACAUCAAGUACGCAGUAAAGGAAGCAGCGAAGUGCAUGCGCCAGCCGUGCGAGCACGGCAUGGAGCUAGUCAAGAUGAUCGCCAGUGACUUCGCGGGCUGCCUGGAGACCAGGAAGAGCACUAGCUGUGGAGUCUUCCAGCUGGGAGACCACAUGAUCAAGGUCUUCAGCGACUCAGGGCAGCGAGGCAACCUGCUUGAGCCUGAAUUGGCUUGCGAUCCCGAGGGCAAAGACGAGGCUUCGCGUUGGCUUGCGUCCAUGUCAAAUUCUGUGGCACAGCUGCGGCAAGAGAUCCGGGAAGCGAAUGCCAAGUAUUCGUCCUCAGACGGUAUCCGCUUGAACCUCCAAGUGCUCCGUGACUUGGGCGCUCACCCCGACUUCCUGCAUUGGUGGGAGUUUGGCAGGCCGCUGGUUUUCUCGAAGCCCGCUCCCGCCCGCCAUUUCUCCAAUUAUAAGUCUUUGACUGACAACGUCGAGUUCGCAGAGCACGAAUGGGAUCGUUUAGAGCGCCUAGGGAAAGUUCGCUUCUUCCCUCGGGAUUCGGUCCCCGCGGGUCUCCUCGUGAACCCUUGCGGCCUUGUCCUUAAAGAGCGGGACAAUGUCAUAUCCGAUUGCUUGUUUGACAGAUUCAAGUCUCGACUUAUCGUUGACUUCUCUCGCAGCGGCAUAUGCAUUACAGAUUUCGUAGACGAUCUUCUGGGCAGCGGGCCGUCCAGGGAAGACGCCGCUGCCAAGCUAGCAGCAUCCGUGCGAUUCUUCCUGCGCGUCGGAAUUCCCGUCAGUAGCAAGCCGUCUGGCUUGCGGGAACCAUCGCAGAGACAAACGUGGGUGGGCUGGAUAUUUGAUACGUCGCGCAAUGAGCUUUCGGUCGAAAAGAAGAAGUGUGACAAGUGCAUCAAGCUGUUCCGCGACGUCUUGCAAGCGAAUGCCACUGGAGAGCUCCGGGCGCGCGCUUUGGCCUCGGCUGCGGGGCUCGCGUCACACAUCAGUGAAGUCUUUCUUCAAGGCCGCCGACGUCUGCACCACAUUUGGUCUCUGCUGAACUCGUCCAACGUGUAUGCCAUAUGGGCAAACAGCCCCGCUGCGGACCCCUUGCUUCGGCUCACGCCCGAUUGCUCGGUGCACAUUCAGUGGUGGAUCAAAGCAUUGGACCUAACUCCCACCCGGCCCCUGCACUCUGCAGCUGGCUCUCUGUCGAGGUGGGGGCCCAAGUCAGAGGAUUUUGCGAACUGGCGCGCUCUGGCUUCGUCUGGGUGUGUCCGGGUAGUAGAGACGGACGCGUCCAAGCUCCACGGGUGGUCUUACCACCUCUGCGGUGCCAGCAUCGUCCGCGCCGGCGUCUGGCCGGAUGACUUUCGUCUGCUCGCGGAGAAUUCAGACGCAAUCAACUACAAAGAACUCUGGGUCGCCAAGCAAGUUCUUCUACAGGACAGCGACUGGCUCCGCGGAUGGCGCGUCGUUUUCAGGUGCGACAAUUCCGCUGCAGUUCAUUGCAUUAAAUUCAGAUUUGGUCGUGUUCCUUCCCUGCAAGAUCUCGCAGAGGCCUUCGAAUUUGCAGAGCGUAAAGCCGGAUGCUGGUGCAUGGCAGUUCAUUUACCUGGAAAACACAAUGUUGUCAGCGACGAGGGGUCGCGGGAUUCCAUGUUUGCGACCCGCUGGAACGACGACCCCUAUCGUGACGCUGUUCUGAAGCAUGCUGCAAUGAACGACACCAUGCGGAAGUUCGGCCCUUUCGAUGUCGAUCUUUUCGCAGACCGCGCAGGCAUUGGCGCCCAAGCGCCAGACUGGUUCUUCCCAGAGCGCACAGUGUUCGAAGCCAGUUUCACCGCUCGCAGAGCCUGGGCCCACCCGCCGCGCGCCUUAGCAGCUCGCGCCCUGCCUUGGCUGGAGUCCCUGCACCGAACAGAUCGGUGUCAGAACAUCUUUCUGCUGAUUCCGGAAGACCCGGGCGCGCCGUGGUUCAGGGCGUCUGCUCUGCGUCGCUGGCGGCGGAGGGCCCGGUGGGCCAAAGGGUCCGACCUUUUCCGGUUGUGGCGCAGCGACGGCUCGUCUGUGACGUGGCGUAAGGAAGAGACAGACCUUGACGAUAAGUUUCCUUGGCGCAAGUAUCUCAGGGACUGCGACCCCACAGAGAUCGCCCUGGGGUGGCGCAAGUUGAACAUCGACAAGGAUUGGCUGCAAAACGCGGCAGAGCUCAUGGCCGACCCCGCAGUGGCCAACACCAUGGCCGCAGUGUGCAGCAACCCGGAUAGUCCCGAGGCCCAACAGUUGAAGAACGCGGUCAUGUUAAAGAAUGCGCCAAAGACGUCAUGGAAAGCACUUUGCCUUUCUUCCCACGGCGGCAACCCCGACAAGUUCCUUUCAUUCAUGUCCGACAAAGCCGCCGCGACCGACAGGACCGUGGCCGCUCUGGCGCGCAAGUGCCUGCACUUGUUCCUGGUCCUCGAGAGUCAGACGGUGAGCCCGGCCACGUCGAAGGCGACGUCGCCUGGGAAGAUGAAGGCGCAGAGGGACGAGAUCAUGCCGCUCUUAUUCGCCAUGAUCAAGUCGAUCAAGCGCCGCGCCAAGAAGGCCAGCGCGAGGGCGCCCUUGGACUUGGCCGUCCUCAAGUUGGAUUUCCUUCUGGAUUGGAACAUCGGCCUGUCCCGUCUGGCGGUUGCGCCUUUCAUCCUGGCGCCCGCAGGCCCGCCUCUCACUGCCGUCGUUCCGGCGCUCGCAGGGGGGCCCUCUGGCGGGCCAGCGCACAAGAGGUUCCGCGCGGCGGAGGGCAGUGCGCCGAAUCGCCCGGCCGCGGCCAGCAGCGGCCCCGGCGGCUUCCCGGGCGAGCAGAGGGGCCAGGGAAAAGGACAGGCCCAGCAGGGCAGGAACACCGAGAAGUCGCAGGCCAUGAACGCCAUGCUCUCGGAACUGUCUGGCAUGAUGGGGCGCCAGACCCCCACUGCCGUGCAGCAGUACAUAGACGCGAAAUUCCAGGGCAAUGAAUCCGAGCGCAAGGCCAUUGGCACCAUCAUGAAUACGUACUGCCGCCACUGCCUGCGCAAUUCGCGCGCAGUGGUGAAGCAUUCUUUGGCUGCUUGCAAAGCUCUGGGCAACCAGCCCAGCACGCCGUGCCCGAAGUGCGCGCGCCUCGGCGUCACUGCAUACCAUUGGCCGGACAAUUUCGAGCCCCAGGACCCCGUCGAGUCAGCGGGGAAGCACGCGUCCAAUUGUCAGGCCAUUUCCCUCUGCGUGUCUGAUGUAAGAGUGGAAGACGGCUGCAUAGCUUGCCACAUCAAGAAGCAAAAGAACGACCCCUUCGGCGCAGGGCAGUGGUGCUGGCUGCCAGAUUGCGAGGAUCGGAUCUUGUUGUGCGAGUGCCAGAGCUCGGAGUGCGAAGCAGAGUUGGAGGCGACGCCGAGUCCGAUGGAGAUCGCUGGACACCGCGCGUGGUACGCCCUCACUUCAGACCUGGACGUGUACCCGCACAUCUUGUCGGAGGGCCACCUCUCAGGCUUCGUGGCUCUGAAAAACGACGGGUCGCCGAUGACGGAGACGGCGUUUGGGCGCCGGUGGAGGGCAGCGAGUGCGGCAUACGGCGCCGAGUGGGAGCCGACCGCGCUCGAGGUGUGCGAAGCCCUGGAGGCGGUGAGGCCAGGCUGCCUGGCCCUCCAGGGUGGCGAGAAGCCCUCCAGGCGCAUCAAGGGGAAGGCCUCGUGGAGGCAGGCGGUGCGCCGCCAGGAUUUCGACGGAUAUCUGGUCGUGGGGAAGGUUGGCAUCGCCACUCGGGGCGCCGACAGCAUGCUGGCGAAGGCCGUGGACCCCUCGUCGCCCGGCCCGGAGCUGGAGACAGACGCGCGGGUGCUGGACAUCAAGACCAGGCCCGACGGCAGUCGGCGUCGUCACUUCACUGAGGCCGCCCGACUGGCGUCGACCACGGAGUGGGCUGAGUGGCCCAUCAUGGGCCCGAGGACGGCUGCCUGGUGCCUGGAGUUUCUAGCGCGCCAGGACCAGCAUCCUCGGGCCCGACAUGCGAAGUGGGUCCACGAAUGCAGGCUGGAGGCCACGGAUGAGGGCGUCGGCGACCAUGACCUCGCCAUGCGCAUGGCGGAGCUCGGCCUCAGCUUCGACCAGCUGAACCUGGGCGAGCUCGCCUCCUUCGAGCUCUUGAUGCGGAAGGCCCAGAUGGCCGAAUGGCGGCAUCGUGAUCGCCUUGCGGCUGUCCAGGGUGACGAUCUGAUGGAGGAGAGCUACCUCUACCUCGGCUCGGGUGAGACCCGUGGGCUGGUGAUGGUCGCGCCGGCGCUGGUUGACCGCAUCAACUCGGAGAUGCGUCGCGAGGCUCAGAUCCUCAAGGAGCGCCGCAAGGCGAAGGAGGAGAGGAUGCUCUCACGAGGCGGCGGCAGCGGCGCCGCCGGGUCCAAGGCGGAGCUCCAGAAGAAGAUCCAGCAGCAGGCCGCCGAGCUCAAGGAGAUUCAGGAGAAGGGCGCGGGGAAG